AUGGUGGAGAUAACCAAUUUGACAGGUACAUCUGUCCACCGACGGCACAUCGACCAGAUACAUUUCAGAGACGAACGAAAUGUCGGUGCAUUAGAACCCCAUGAAAAAGAGGAUAAUUCUAACAAUUCUGAACUGCCUGAAUCGGACAUUACGGUUCCCCAAUGUCAUGAUGUUGAACACGAAGAUGCAGUAGAACCGGCGGAAUCGGAAGCCUCAACCAGCGCAGCGCUAAGAAGAUCACAACGAAAAGCAAGUCAAAUUGAUGAGGCACUGUUGUGGGAGGAAAGUUGUGGUGAUCGUAACGAGUACGCACGCACCGCGGUACAGCUUCCAGAUGCUAGCAAAUUGACUGUCCGUAUUGUUGAGCGGACAGCAAUGGUCAACUCGAUUAGUGACCAUCGAUUUCCCGGUGAGGCCGAAUGGGCCCAGCCCAGACCGCUUGUUAUUAUGUUUCUACGACAACGAUAUCGCCCGUUUGGUCACAUUCUUGUGAUCACUCAAUCCGAUCGAUUCUACUUGAGACUAAAGAUUGCAUGUGAGUAA